GAAGAGUCAGCUCCUGAUUGGCUGACUUGUUGCCAUGGGGAGAAAAAUAUCAACAGAAGUUUGUGAGGCAGCUUCUGAGCAGAAUGGAACAAGUGGGAGAUGGCUCCAUUGUGGCUCCAGGGGGCAGUUACCAGCUCACAGAGGACAUACAGCUAGAAAAGAAAAUGAAGGAAAUGCUGCAGAUAUCUACAUUUGAACUGAAGAAUACCAUAGCCGAACUGGAACGAAGGCUGAACAGUGUGGAAGAUGAAGGUAAUGAAUGGAAAACAAGGUAUGAGACCCAAGUGGAACUCAAUAAGCAGUUAGAAAGGCAGAUUUAUAUUCUUCGAGAAAAGUCUGAAAAUAUUCGUGGCAAUCCCACAGAUCGACUGUCCUCUAUCCGUUCCUUUGAUCAGAUGCCUUUGGGAGCCUUAAACCAGUUUCUUAAACAUCUUGAUGACGAAAAGAUCCUGAUGGAAAAUCAGCUGAAGGAUUUUGAACUUCGAAUAGAACAAGAAGCAAAGGCAUACUAUAAAGUUAACAACGAAAGAAGAAUGUAUGUCUCUGAAAUCUCUCAGACCUCAGUAACACAAGAAGCCGCUAAGAAACAGCAGCCCGAUCCAGCACACGCCACACGGGAAAAGCCGGCUUUUAAAGGAAACUAUAAUGGUCCUGCAAAACGGAAGACAAUGACCAAAAGAAAAGGAGAAAUGAAAAAAGGAAACCAGCCCUCAAAUAUGAAGCAUUAACUUGAGGAAAAACAUCUCUCCAUUUGUAAUAUUCCCCAGGAUGUAUUUAUUUUCUAGAACUAUGCAAAAUAACAUCAUUGGUUUAAUUUCUAA